UGGCGAACUGCAAAGCAAUGUGGCGCUGCAAGCAGUGAUCCGUCGAACUGUGACCCACUCCUUCCCUGUUUACAUCUUUUUCAACGUGUUUCGCUCUCGGUCGGGUGAGUGAAACUCCGCGAGGAACAUGGCUAUCAGACCGGUUUACAGGCCGAAAAUCGUCAAGAAGAGGACGAAGAAGUUCACCAGGCAUCAGAGCGACCGAUAUGUCAAGCUCAGGAGAAACUGGCGUAAACCCAAGGGUAUUGACAACAGGGUCAGGAGAAGGUUCAAGGGUCAGUACUUGAUGCCCUCGAUCGGUUACGGAAGUAACAAAAAGACCAAACACAUGCUCCCAACAGGCUUCAGAAAAGUCCUUGUACACAAUGUUAAGGAACUUGAGAUGCUUAUGAUGCAAAACAGGAAGUUCUGCGCAGAAAUUGCCCACGGAGUAUCUUCUAAAAAGAGGAAAACCAUUGUUGACAGGGCCCAGCAACUUUCGGUUAGAGUAACCAAUCCUAGCGCACGCCUCAGGACAGAGGAGAACGAAUAAGAUUGUGUUAAUAAAAAACCUUUAUAAAAUAAAUUUUUUUAAUUAUAAA